AUGGAGAUUGUCAUGUCUGCAGUUGCAGGUGAACUUAUGAGCCGUUUCAUCUCCUUUCUGGUGAACAAGUACAACUCCAGCCGUCCACGAUCGGCGGAGGAGGUCGAGGAGAGGUUGCAGCAUCUCCUGAUGAGAGCUUGCACCAUCGUCGAGGAGGCGGACACGCGUUACCUAACCAACUCCAGCAUGAUGAUGCAGCUCAAGACACUCUCGGAGGCCAUGUACCGAGCAUACCGUGUGCUGGAUAUCUCGAGGUACCAGGCCCUCCAAGAUGGUACAAGCUCCAACGAGGUUAGAAGCAGCUUCCAUUUAGCCAAGCGUCCUCGUACAACAGCCGAUAAGGUCACACACCUCGAGUCACAUGGUGCCUUGAAAAGCUUAGAAAUUGCUGUAGCUCACAUGACUGAAUUUGUUGUGCUUCUGGGUGGAUGUGAGCGCAUGUUUCGUAGGCCUUACGACGUAUAUCUCUACACCGAAAACUUCAUGUUCGCCCGACAUGCUGAGAAACAAAGGCUCUUGAGCUUCUUGUUGCAGCACAAUGACCAUCCUGGUGAUUGUGCACCGGAUGUUCUUCCAAUAAUAGGUGGUGCUGCAAAUGGGAAGAAGACUUUGGUCGCUCAUGUGUGUGGUGACAUAAGGGUACGCUCCCGCUUCUCCUCUGUCUUGCACUUGAAUGGAGACAACCUUAUGAGCAUUGACCAGGGAAGGAGCAUGUUUGGGAUGAUGCUGGUAGUUAUUGAGUUUGCUUCUGAUAUAGGUGAUGAUGAGUGGAAAAAGUUUCACUCAUUUGUCAAAAGAAUGGACAGAGGAAGCAAAAUCAUCAUCAUAAGUAAACUUCAAGGAUUAGCCCGAUUUGGAUCAGUGAAACCGGUUUUCCUAAGUAUUUUGUCAUACGACGAGUUGAGGUACCUUUUCAAAACGCUGGUAUUCGGGAGUGUAGACCCUGCAGAACAUCCUCGGCUAGUACAAAUAGCAGAUGAAUUUGCCAAAGUGCAGCACAGUAUCACACUUGUCUCAACAAAUAUGUUUGCUGAUGUGUUGAGAAGGAACCUCGAUGUUAAGUUUUGGCGCUGCAUAUUGGAGAAGGGUUUAAAAAUGGUUCAAAGAAACCUCUCCAUGUAUGGUGAGCUCCCAACAAUGCUUGUACAACAAGGCCAACCUGUGGACAUAACGGACUUUGCGAUGCACCCUCUUAGUAUGACACGUUAUACAAUUAAUGCUUCAAUUAAGGAGGAAUCACCAAGUGUGACAUUUGGGGAACUUCUAAUAGAUCCUAGUGUCAGACCGGAACAAGACUUCAUUCUAGUUUCAUGGAAAUCAAGGAUAGCCCCUCAUAACACAUUUGCUCAUUUUGUUACAAGUUAUGCUCAGGGUGCAGAUGUAGGUAGUUCCUUCCUAGGGAGGAAGCGACGGGGAGCGCCAAUCUAA